AUGGACCUUUCCUCCCAUCCUUCUGGACCCUGGAAGGCACUCCUGCUCACAGCCUCAUUUCUCACCUCUUGGAGCCUUCCAGGUGAUGCCCAGCUUGCCAUCUACCCCAGCACACCCAUCGCCACUGUGGGACAGGAUGUUCUUCUCUCUGUGCAUGGAAUUCAGAGGGGAAGUCAAGUCUUCUCCUGGUUCCAAGGCCUUGAUCUUCAAAAUCUCAUUCUAUCCUUCAACAUUUCCUCUAAAGCCCACAAUACAGGCCCUGGCUACACUGGCCGAGAAAUACUUUAUGUAAAUGCUUCUCUGCUGAUUAGAAAUGUCAAGCUGACAGAUGAAAGGAACUACACCUUCCAAGAGAUCAGGCCAAAUCUCUCAAUGGCGACUGCGUCCAAGCAGCUCCAGGUCUACCAGAUGGUGUCCAAACCCCACAUCACAGCCAACACUACCAGUGUCACAGAGGCCAAGGACUCAGUGGCCUUUCGUUGCCUUACCAAGGAUGACAGAAUCACCAUCCUGUGGUUCUUAAACAAUCAUGCAAUUCCACCGAGUGCACGGUUAUCUCUGUCCAAAGAUAACAGGACUCUGACUCUACUGCAGACCAGGAGAGAAGAUGCUGGACUGUACCAGUGCGAAGUCUGGAACCCGGUCAGCGGCCAGAGCAGCGACCACAUUACUCUGACCGUCAACUAUGGGCCAGAUCAGGUGAAGAUUACCCAGGAGCCUGGAUCUCACUUGGUCCACACCAUCAAGGUCAAGGCCAACUCCACUCUGACCUUAAGGUGUCAGGCUGAGUCUCACCCAUCUGCCCGGUAUGGCUGGCUGUUCAACAAUUCCAUGUUGGUGACAAAGAAGGACAAUCUCAUGCUCCAGGGAGGGUCCCUGGUUCCAGGGCGCUACACCUGCACAGCGUGGAACAGCUUGAUAAAGCAUUUUGCAGCUACCUCCGUCUACAUUGAGACCCUUGUAGAAUCACCUGACACCUCUUCCUCUGGCUUCUCUCACUCAUCGCUCAUCCUUGCCAGCACCCUAGUGGGGAUCCUGGUUGUGAUGGCUCUGCUCAGUGUCCUGGUCUAUCUCCUACGCAAAAAGGCACGAGGGUACUCACAGGAAGUAUCAGGAGGGCCAGGCCAAAAAGAGAAGAACCUACCAUCUGUGAAAAAUAGUGAUGUUACCAUAUACGAAAAUGGUCUGCAGCUUCAACAUCAGCCCUCAAAUGGACAAUUGGUGACCCCUCCAGAGGACGUGAACCCCUACUCCAUCCUCUCUCCAGACUCAAGUGAGGAUCCCUACCAGAUGGUGACCCCUCCACAGGAUGUGAAUCCUUACUUCAUCCUCCCUCCAGACUCAUGCAAGGAUCCCUACCAGGAGUACUCUGCUUCCCUGGAGUCUAGAUCCAGCCCAGUGUCUGUCCUGAGCUCCAGCCACUCAUUACCAGAGGCCUGUUGGAUUUUCACGCAGACAUAGCUUAGGCAUCCCAAUUUCAAGAUGUCUGAAACAGAAUUCAACCAUUAAGCAACAAGCAUUGAGUACCUACUGUGUUCUGGCUCUGUGCUGUGUAUUAUCCUUGUCCUUCUCAAACUGUGGUGUCCAGAACUGAGCACAGUACUCCAGAGGAAGUCUGAUGAGGGCAGCACACAGUAG